AUGGACCUCUCACAGCUCACCCAAAAGACCCUCCAGGUCUCACGAGGAUUCACCUACACCUACUACACAUCCCCUCCCCAGAAGUCUAAGCCCACCCUCGCCCUCUUCCACGGCUGGCCCGACAGCGCCAAACUCUGGGCAGGCCUGAUCAACGAUCAUCUCCUCCCGCACGGCUACGGCGUCCUCGCCCUCGACUGCCUCGGCUAUGGCGGUUCGUCCAAGCCCACCGACCCGAAGGCUUACGGCUGGCAGCACAUGACGGCCGACAUCGUCGAGAUUCUCAACGCCGAGAACCUCGACCAGGUCAUCUCUCUCGGCCACGACUGGGGCAGCGCCCUCGCCCAGCGCCUCUACAACUUCUACCCCGCCCGGGUCUCGGCGCUCGUCAUGGUGAACGUCACAUACAUGCCCCCGACGGACGACUUCGACCUCGACACGGUGAACAACAUCACUCGCCAGGUGUUCGGCGCAGGCCUCUUUGAGUACUGGCACCUCUUCGCCGCGGACGAUGGGCCCGGGCUGAUGAACCGCAAUCUCGAGGCCGUGUACUGCGCGGCGUUCGGCGAUCCGGCCUCUUGGCUGGAGACCUUCACCAGCCCCGGCGGCAUGCGCAGGUGGGUGACGGAGGGGAGGACGCAGCCCACGCUCCCGUACGCCACGGCCGAGCACAAGGUGGACUUUAUGGAGCGCCUCGGCAAGGAGCCCGGGUUCGAGGCGCCGCAGUGCUGGUACAAGUCCAUGGUCUCCAAGGUGCAGAACGAGGCAGACAAGUUGAUCGCCAAAGACGCUGUGGCGGUGAAGGUGCCGGUGUUGUACUGGGGCGGCGAGCAGGAUGCCGUGUGCAGGCCUGCUGGUCUCCAGCCGAGUAUCGAGGCUGGGCUUUUGCCUCAUUUGAAGGCUGUGACGAGGGAGGGUGGGCAUUGGGCUUUGCUUGAGACGCCGGCUGUGUUUGGUCAGGAUGUGUUGGCAUGGCUGGGGGAGACUUUCACGGAGGGCGACAAACCUGCGCCUGUUGCUAAGUUGGCUUAG